GGGAGGAGCGAGCCGGGCUCGGGGGGCGGCUGCACAGAGUCCGGGAUCCCCCAGGUCUGGAGGGGGGGGUCUGCGCGCGGCCGGCCGGCUCUGCCCCCUCCAACGCCGCCCCCCCCCCCGUCCGGUCCCGAGCCGGCUUCCUUUCGGGGCCAGCCUGAUGUGACGGGGCCCCGCGGAGCCUGAGCGCGGAGCGGGCCCGCCGCGGAGCCGGAGGGCGGGAGGAACAUGACAUCGCGGAGAUGGUUUCACCCAAACAUUACUGGCGUGGAGGCAGAAAAUCUACUGUUGACCAGAGGAGUUGAUGGCAGCUUUUUGGCAAGGCCCAGUAAAAGUAACCCUGGAGACUUCACGCUUUCCGUUAGAAGAAAUGGAGCUGUCACCCACAUCAAGAUUCAGAACACAGGGGACUACUAUGACCUCUAUGGAGGGGAGAAGUUUGCCACUCUGGCAGAGCUGGUCCAGUACUACAUGGAACAUCACGGGCAACUGAAAGAGAAGAAUGGAGAUGUGAUCGAGCUCAAGUACCCGCUGAACUGUGCAGAUCCUACCUCUGAACGGUGGUUUCAUGGUCACCUCUCUGGAAAAGAAGCUGAGAAACUGCUGACCGAGAAAGGAAAGCACGGCAGCUUCCUCGUACGGGAGAGCCAGAGCCACCCUGGAGAUUUUGUUCUCUCUGUGCGCACCGGUGAUGACAAGGGAGAGAGCAACGAUGGCAAGUCUAAAGUGACCCAUGUCAUGAUUCGCUGCCAGGAGCUGAAAUAUGAUGUUGGUGGAGGAGAACGGUUUGAUUCUUUGACGGAUCUGGUGGAGCAUUACAAGAAGAAUCCGAUGGUGGAGACAUUGGGCACAGUUCUACAACUCAAGCAGCCUCUCAACACGACUCGGAUUAAUGCUGCCGAAAUCGAAAGCCGAGUUCGAGAAUUGAGCAAGUUAGCUGAGACCACAGAUAAAGUCAAGCAAGGCUUUUGGGAAGAGUUUGAGACACUACAACAGCAGGAAUGCAAACUUCUCUACAGCCGAAAAGAGGGUCAGAGGCAAGAAAAUAAGAACAAGAACAGAUAUAAAAACAUCCUGCCCUUCGAUCACACCAGGGUGGUCCUGCAUGAUGGGGACCCUAACGAGCCCGUUUCUGAUUACAUCAACGCAAACAUCAUCAUGCCUGAAUUUGAAACCAAGUGCAACAAUUCAAAGCCCAAGAAGAGUUACAUUGCCACACAAGGCUGCCUACAGAACACGGUGAAUGACUUCUGGCGGAUGGUGUUCCAGGAGAACUCCCGGGUGAUCGUCAUGACGACCAAGGAGGUGGAGAGGGGGAAGAGCAAAUGUGUCAAGUAUUGGCCAGACGAGUAUGCGCUCAAAGAGUAUGGGGUCAUGCGUGUCCGGAACGUCAAAGAAAGCGCUGCUCAUGACUACACGCUAAGAGAACUCAAGCUCUCGAAGGUCGGACAAGCUCUACUCCAGGGGAAUACGGAGAGAACGGUCUGGCAAUACCACUUUCGGACCUGGCCGGACCACGGCGUGCCCAGUGACCCCGGGGGCGUGCUGGACUUCCUGGAGGAGGUCCACCACAAGCAAGAGAGCAUCAUGGAUGCAGGCCCUGUCGUGGUUCACUGCAGUGCUGGCAUUGGCCGGACGGGAACAUUCAUUGUGAUCGACAUCCUUAUCGACAUCAUCAGAGAGAAAGGUGUUGACUGUGACAUCGACGUUCCCAAAACCAUUCAGAUGGUCCGGUCCCAGAGGUCAGGGAUGGUCCAGACAGAAGCACAAUACCGGUUCAUCUACAUGGCCGUCCAGCAUUAUAUUGAAACACUACAGCGCAGGAUUGAAGAAGAGCAGAAAAGCAAGCGGAAAGGGCACGAGUACACCAAUAUUAAGUAUUCCCUGUCGGACCAGACGGGCGGGGAGCAGAGUCCCCUCCCGCCCUGCACCCCGACGCCACCCAGUGCUACCGACCUGAGGGAGGACAGUGCUCGAGUCUAUGAGAACGUGGGCCUAAUGCAGCAGCAGAAGAGCUUCCGGUGAGGGCGCUGCGGCACUCCAGCACAGAAAUAGAUGCGGACUUUGACCCCUCCCCCACCAAGGUCAAGAACAGAUGCAGGGAAGUUUACAGAAGAAUGAACUGGAAGGCUUGCACGGUGGUCUACUUUUUGAUAAGAAAAUUGGAAACCAUUUAAAGGCCAUUGUAUUCUAACUCAGAAGUUCCUAUCCUCAGAUACGAAGAAAUCAUCUCUACAAUGUAGACAGUGUUCUAUUUUAUAGGAUUCUGCUUAGAGUUGAGGAAGCAGUUAAAUUGUGCUCCUAUUUUACAGAUUAUGGGAUUCAGAGUCUAGCUGUGGGCAGUUUUGUUUUUUUUUUCUUCUCCUUUUUAUAACUUUAAGUGAUUUGACUCCUCCCCCUCCCCCCCACCUUUUUCUGUAAGGAUCAUGUGACACAUGUAAGAAGAAAUGUCUUGGGGAAGUUAAGUAGCAGGUUCCCUGGGAAGUGAAAACAAUUCCAUUCACCUUGGCUGCCAUCUUAUCCUGGUUUAUGUUGUUGUACAGAACACUCCAGACACAGCCUGUAUCAAUUAUAACAUAGUUGCAGAACGCGAAGCCACAUCCUGCUCUGUGUAGCAGAGCAGAGGGCGCCUCGGGGUCACCUCAGGAGGGGCGGAAAGCCACCCUGUGGAUGAACCCCCAUCACCCCUAUGGUUCCCCAUCUCUGCAAGCAUCACAUUGGGGAGCAAGUUUCUAAGAAGUGCGGUUGGGGACACAGUCAGCCAAAGCAUUUAUCCAGCCAGCAGUGGAUAGUCACUUUGGUGGCUUCUUUCUUCCCCUCCAGUUGAUUAUCUUUGCAUUGCUAAUAGUCACAGGAAUCGGGGGAGGGGGGCAUGGCUCAGGCAAGAAUUCACCAGCCUAGUAAGCAAGAGGUCACACAAGUUCAAACUGCUGUACCUGCCCCCUUCCCCCCAAAAAGAAUGAAUUACAAAGUCAUGAAGUCCUGAGAAACAAACUUACGAAUUAGGGUGAGAUGUAUUUUCCUCUUAGCAGACAGCCAGGUGCCAUGACCUGUCAGAUAAAGGCAUGAGGGGAUGGCGGUCGCUCCGCCCUUGCAUUUGGCAUGUUCAUCUUGUGUUUAGAGCAGAGAAGAGUCAUGAUCAUGAAAUGUCAAUAAUGUCUCCCACCUUGGUCCUCGCUGGGUCAAUCGAGUCGGUCCGCAGGGCCUACAGAUGGUCACUGAGGCGGUCGGCAGGGUGCCUGAGGUGCUGGGAUGGCCGGCUUCUGUCUCUGGGUAGAGUCCUCGGGUCUCUAGGUCAUCUCUGGUGCCCCCCACAACAUGGCAGCUCAGGCCUUCUUCAGGCUCAAUUCACAAUUCUGUGGCUCCCCUCUGUGCCCUCUGAGGCAAGUCAGGCCCACCCGAUCCAAGAAGAGGGCCCAGCAUGGUGGGCUUCACCGGAGGCCAUCAGUCCAGGAGAGGCCAAGGGAGACCUUGGGAGGCUGAGGCCCCUUAACAGUCAGUGACAGAGGCAGCAAUCAGAUGAGAAAGUCACCAAGAGCCUUCAGGAAGCUCUGAGCAGUCCUGCUAGUGACUUGCACAUCUGCUGGACCAACCGAGUGCAGGGGACAGAGCGUGCGGCAGCAGAGCUCCCUCCGGUGACGCCUGCAGGGCCUGGCGGCUGGGAUGCUGUCGGGUCCGGCCGCAGCGAGGAGCGGAGCCGGCUCUUGUCAGAUGCAGCCCGCAGUGGGAUUUGCGAAUGUCCUGCCCUAAGUGCCUUCUCCAGAGACCUCGCUCAGCCUCUCGUGUGGCGGCAGCGGCGGUGGCCAGUGAAGCAACUCCGCAGACUGCGGAGUCCGGCUUUCCUUGCUCAGUCUUCUUGCUUUGGCUCUUGAAAGGAAGGACUAGAUGCUCCCCCUCCCCCCAGCCCAGCAGAAGUUCCUUUCUGGAACCCUGAGGAACUUCGGGCUGUGCAGUGGCCUUGGUCGAUCCCCCCCCACCCUUCCAUGCCCCUUGCUUCAGAGCAAGGCGUCUGUCACCGUCCUGGAAUUGUGAUGACUGUUGUCUUUUUGUCACCAUACUGGGGUGUAAUGGCUGCUCUCUUCCUGCCAAGCCUGUAGAGAAGGAAAUGCUAGCUCCGUGUGUGCACACGGGAUUGUGAAUCGUCUGUUUGGGGGGAUUGCUUUGACUCCGCACCAGCACACAAAGCACGGAUUGUACAAGUAGGCCUGCCGCAUCUGCAUGUUGACCUGCUGUUGACUGUCUUGGGACGGUCAGCGUUGACUGCUGUCGUGCACUGAUUCCGCGUAGGUUCCCUCCGCAAAGCCAGCAAGCUGUCACGUUACGUAAGCAGAUCCCAGACCAGGCUGGUGACAUCGCCAGUGGCUGAGUCUGCCAGGUGUUGGGUGGAAGGCCGCUGCAGGUUCUCGGGUCAGGCGGUUCUGUAUGUGGUAAUGCAGGUAGGGCUGGGGAGAUGAGGGCACUUGGGGUGCAGGUGUUCCUCCAAGUUGCUGAGAGGGUCUGUGAGAAGGCGAAGGCUCAAGGCCAGAGCAGUCAGUACUGGGUGAAGCAGAAACACGGAUGUGACAGGAACACAGCCAGCCUACAUCGGGCUUGUUGGUGGUCAUGAAAAAUGCGCAAUAUGCCAUAGCUGGCUGAGCGUUUUAAAAUUAGAAGCGUAGGGGUGAAAUUGGGGUGAAAUAAAAUUUCUGGCACACGAUACUGAGCUUUUUGAAAAUCAAAUUUAAAACACUUAAUUUCUUUUUUGAUGGAGAAGACAUCCCAGCUCCAUGGGAGGCUGAGAUCAGGAGGAUUGAGGUUCCAGCAUAGCCUGGGCAAAAAAGAAAAAGCCCUGGAAAAGCCGAGCAUGGUGAUAGAUGUCUGUCAUCACAACAUGGCAGGAAGCGGGAGAAGGAGGAUCCCAGGUCAGCCUGGGCAGCGGUAGAGCACCUGCUUAGCAAGCGUGACACACUGUGUCAGAUGCCAGCACUGCCCAAAGUGAGAUCACCAACUCCAUAAAGUGAAUCUAAACCCACAGCCCCUCCUGACUAGGGUGUGACCCACCCAUCAAACCCAGCGCCCUUGGACACAUGGGACGGGAAUUCACGCAGGGCCGCCUGGAUCUCUGCUUCCUCAGCCAAGAAAAACGGUCCAUAUGAUUUUUUUAGAAGCUGUUUUACUGGGGAUUUUAAAGAACUGUUAUGAAUUCUUGGGUUAUUUCUGGGUCGAGGGAUUAUGGGAAAGUAUGCAGCUGUUAGGAGUUGUAGAUUAGGGAUCAAUUAGGGAGGGGGUGUGGAUGGAAAGCUGGCCCGCGGGCAGGUCUGUGUGCUGUCAGUGGUCGGGGUGAGUUUUUCACGCAACAAGCACACGGCCUCCCUGAUAUUAAGAAGCCUUUCUUAGGAUCUGUGUUAGUCCUUAAUUCUGUUGAAACAUUUUUCCUUCUUCCUCUUGAAAAGUAAGUUCCAAAAUAGAGUUUAUUGUAUCUUUCACCACUAAAGUUUUUUUUUUUUUUUCCUUUUUCCCUAUGGGCAAGUUCACACACGGCCAAAAUAUAAAGCAGUUGGUUUCACUGUGUCUUAUAACUUUGCUAUAUAUCAAACUAAUUUUUACAAGUUUUCAUCCUAAACCUCAGAUCAUGUAAUUAAUAAUUUGCCUGUUUAUUUAUGACCUAAUUGUGGUUCUUUUAUUAAUAAAAGCUAAUGGGAAAGGAUCCUCUAUUAAGCUGAUGACUAGACCUACAUUUAAUUUCCCUGCAGUGUAUGGAAUAUUGUACCAGAGUAUUAAAAGAUAUGUAAUAUUUUAUUGAUAAAUCUAUCCCUUAAAAGGAAUACGUUUUAGGAUGUCGUCAUUUUGAUAUGAGCUAUGUAAAUGCUGAUAAUAUGCUGUUGGUUAUACAUUUAGUGUUUCAAGAGAUUCACUUACUUGCCUUUUUUUGCCCACAUGCAGUACGUAGUCUAUUUGCAGUUGUUUUUUGUUUUUUUUUUUAAUGACAUUAAAAGAAUAGUUUAUGUAGGGAAACAUGAAUGGGUGUUUUCGGCCCUCCCUGGGUGAUGGGUGUUAGUUCUAUGCUUUGGUAGCCUUGAAGCCGUCAAGUGUAUUUGCAAAUUGUCUGGAACAAAAAAUUAGGAAUAAACCCAUUUUCUUACGUUC